GGUCCUGGAACUCCCUAGGUAGACUAAGGCUGGCCUCAGACUUAAAGAUCCUCCUGCCUAAAGCAUGUGCCGCCAUGCAUGGCCUUAUAUCAACUCUUAAGUAGCCUCCUAGUAUUGUAACUUGGUGAGCUUCCUGAGCCUAUGAGUCACUCUCCCUCCAGGAAGGAAUGUUUUAAUUCAGAGGAAAUGGCUACAUGACAUUGGGUAGGUGAGUGGAAGGGCAGGGCACUCACACACGAGUUAGUGACAUGGGAAUCUUUGACCAGGGAUAGUGGAAGAACAGAAAGUGAAGACUUAUAUAUGCUGCAUUCAAAUGGAUGGUAACCGAGCAAAGAGGGAGGCCAUCUUAGAAGGAAGACAGAUUGUCAGGAUUCCUGCUAAAGCAGUCUCAGGCGUUGCCCUGGCCCUGGGGAGUAGAAAGCAGAGGGAAGCCCACCUGGAAUCGAGAUGGGGAGGACCAGAGGUUCAGGGAGACCUGUGACCAAAGGCACAAGGAACAGUCUGUGAAGAGGAACGCAAUUUCUCAGGAAGGAUGAGCCGGUCAUAUGACUCGAUGGAUCCGAAAGUGAUGGACGACGACAUGCUCAAGGCAGCUGUUGGGGAACAAGGCCCCCAGGAGGAGGCUGGGCAGCUAGCCAAACAGGAGGGCAUCCUCUUCAAAGACGUCCUGUCCCUGCAGCUGGACUUCCAAAACAUCCUCCGCAUCGAUAACCUCUGGCAGUUUGAGAACCUGCAGAAGCUGCAGCUGAACAACAACAUCAUCGAGAGAAUCGAGGGCCUGGAAAACCUCGUCAACCUGAUCUGGCUGGAUUUGUCCUUCAACAACAUCGAGACCAUUGAGGGGCUGGAUACCCUCGUCAACCUGGAGGACCUGAGCUUGUCCAACAACCGGAUCUCCAAGAUGGACUCUCUGGAUGCCCUGGUGAAGCUGCAGGUGCUGUCGCUGGGCAACAACCAGAUCAGCAACAUAAUGAAUGUCAUCUACCUGCGCCGGUUCAAAUGCCUACGAACACUCAGCCUCUCUGGGAACCCCAUUGCUGAGGCAGAGGAGUACAAGAUGUUCAUCUAUGCCUAUCUUCCUGACCUCGUGUACCUGGACUUCCGGCACAUUGAUGAGCAGGCAAAAGAGAUGGCGAAGCUGAAGCAUCAGUACAGCAUUGAUGAGCUGAAGCACCGGGAGGCACUGAUGCAGGCCCGGCUGGAGGAUGAGCAGGCCCGGCGGGAAAAGCUGGCGGAGCACAAGUUGGCGUUCAUUGAUCACUUGGAUGGCUCCUUCCUGUUUGACAGCAUGUAUUCCGAGGAUGUGGAGGGCAACAAGCUCUCCUACCUGCCCGGUGUUGGUGAGCUCCUUGAGGCCUACAAGGACAAAUUUGUCAUCAUCUGCCUGAACAUUUUCGAGUACGGCCUGAAGCAGCAGGAGAAGCGGAAGCUGGAGUUAGACACUUUCAAUGAGUGCGUACAGGAGGCCAUCCAGGAGAACCAGGACCAGGGCAAGCUCAAGGUUGCCAAGUUUGAGGAAAGGCAUCUGCUGAACUUAAAUACCAUCCGAGAAGAGAGUGAUCUGCCCACCAUCGAGAAGAAGCUACUAGAAUGCAGUGAUGACAUCAAUGAGCUGUUUAACAUGCUCAUGACACUGGAGAUGCAGCUGGUGGAGCAGCUGGAGGUACAGCCAGACUAUACACAUCCAUACAUUCCCCAGCAUGCAGCUGGUGGAGCAGCUGGAGGUACAGCCAGACUGCACACAUCCAUACAUCCCCCAGCAUGCAGCUGGUGGAGCAGCUGGAGGUGCAGCCAGACUGCACACAUCCAUACAUCCCCCAGCAUGCAGCUGGUGGAGCAGCUGGAGGAGACUAUAAACAUGUUUGAAAGAAACAUCACUGACUUGGUGGGACUAUUUAUUGAAAAUGUCCAAAGUCUGAUGGCUCAGUGCCGGGACUUGGAGAACCAUCACCAUGAGAAGAUCCUGGAGAUCGCCAUCAACACCCUGGAGAAGAUCCUCAAGGGCGAGAUGGAUGAGGACCUGCCUGACGAUGUGCGGGCGCUUUUUGUUGACAAAGACACAAUUGUUAAUGCUGUUGGGGCAUCACAUGACAUUCACCUCCUGAAGAUUGACAACCGAGAGGAUGAGCUGGUGACUGGAAUCAACUCUUGGUGUGCACAACUGUUAGACAAGAUUCACAAAGAUGAGAUCAUGAGGAACCGUAAGCGAGUGAAGGAGAUCAAUCAAUACGUCGACCACAUGCAGAGUGAACUGGACAACCUGGAAUGUGGUGACAUUAUAGACUAGGUGUCAGCCAGAGAUCCCCUUUAGGAGAUGGACCCAGCCCCUGAGAGUUAUGAGAAUUCCUUAGUUCAUACCUACCCCAACACCCUUGGUACUGCUUCUCAAUAUAAAGAAAAAUAAAGGUCUGGUGUUAGUAUUCUCUUA